AAUUUCCUGUUGAUGUUAGUGAACAAGCACUAACUUCAUUUAAUUGGGUCGCUUUCUUUCUAUUCAUAAAUUUUCAACAGUACUGUAAGCUUGUAGAGUUUUAAUUCACUGUUACAUGUACAUUCUAUAGUUUGUGCGAAUUAAGAUUUGAAUUCUUUGUACAUAGUUUGUUAACAGAGCUUUAUUUUGAUCAAAAAACUUUAUAAGUUAAUCAUUAGGUUUUGCUAUUCUUGGCUCUAUGCUGUGUAUUCACAAAAUAUUCGCAAAUGUAUCUUCCCUGAAGAACAAAGUUUGCUGACAACUCCCGAAGAUUCGACAUUCUACACUUUAAUACACUAGUUUCUUGGGAUACAGCUUUGUUUCACUGAGAAUCCCGACGUUUCUCGAGAUUGAAGCCAACCGGAACUCAACAGCGAGAUUGGAGUAAAAACAAAACUAUCUGUUUCUCUAGGAAAACUUGGGACGCGAGUGUGAUAAAAAUAUCACGCCAGCUUGUGUCACGAUGUUAUCAUAUGCUUCAGUUCCAUAUAAAAAACGUGAAAGUGAUGACCGAUCCCUGGGUUGUGUCAUUUUCGCUGCCGCACAGGGGAGUCCAAGUAUACGUUUCAUCUUGUUCAGGUUCCAACUGUGCUUGAGACAUCAUCGAUUUAUCAUCAUUGCCACGUGACCAUCGAUCAACUAAUACAAGUGUGCGGUAGAUAACAUGAAACUUCAGCUAUAUAACUAAAGAUGUGUUUGGCAAAUUGAUUUUUUUUUGUAGCACACUCAGUUUAUAUUGCACUGAUAAAGGUAAAAACACGUAUCAAUCAUAUGUCGGUUUUUUAAAUUAAAAACUGCAAAGUAAACAUUGUUAUCAGAAUUUUAGGUUGUAGUUAUCUUAUGAUUAAUUUUGGAGCCGUUUUGAUUGAGUAUUUAUGACAUGCAGGCUUGUAAACUGUUCAUCUGUUCUAGUGCCGUGAGAUGAUCUACUUUGUGUUCCAGCAAAAUGCGCCUUUUGGAAAGAGUCGACUCAGUGAUAAGGCAAUGCUAACAUAAUGAUAAAUUGCUUCAUUUGUGUUGCUAUAAAUAUCUAUACUCUCGCCGAAAUGAUUCAAGUAACAGACCUCUUGAAUUUACGCAAAGCUUAAUCAGGCUUUCUCAAGUGAUUAAUUCAGCUAUGUGCAAAAAGUAGAUUCAAUUUACAGGAAAUAACAAAUAGUUGUUUCCUUGGUCAAACAAACCUUGGGAACAUUGAAACAGAGAAACACAUUUUCAAACUCUAAGCUUGCAGACAAUCAAAGACUAUACCUCAGUACAGUUGUAUAUUGUAUUACCUUGAACGUGUAUUUUAAGCCUUAGGGUACUCCUCAAUUUGGCUACCCCCCUGAACCACCCACCUUACCCAUUCGCUCCCCUGCCAGCACAGGUCACUACUUACAGUACUUGCGUUUUAAAGUCAGCUAUUUUAUUCCCGGGUUUAUUCUGGGGACUGACCACUCCUCGUUUGGAGGGGUGGGCAAAGAUGAAUGGUAUACAAUAGGUCUUGAUUUGAUGUUCCCUGGGGUUGCAUAUAAUGCCUGAAUAACUGAAUUGAUUGACAUGCAUUGUGAUAGCUGGUAAACCUACAGGAAAUUGUCGCCUAAAAAUAGAUUCUUUUGAGAACUGUUGAUAUUUCGACAUCUGUUAGCAAUUAUGUCUGUGGGUAUUAGAAUUGAUCAGUUAUAGAUAAAAGGCCAACCAAACGGGACGUAUUUAGGACAAAUAUGUACAGAGAAAUGGAUAGGUUGUCAAGUGAGUGAAAGCGUGUCCUUAACACAAGCCAAAGGAAAAAGCUUUUCGUGCUCAGCUGUCCUUUUGUCGAGCUGCAUUCAGUUAAAAAACAGUCAUAAUACAAGGGUUGUGUGGGAACAUAGACUUCGAGACUCCCCUCUCUUCGUCUUCUCUCGUGUCACGCUCAGCUGACAAAGAGAAAAGAAGAGCUGCUAGUAGUGUAGGAAACUUGCAUCCAGAACUAAUAAAUUUUUCUACACAUACUUAACUAUACGAGCGGCGAUAUAUUAAAUGUGCUAUAUGAUGUUUCUUUUUAUCAAUAGGUGAAAUUAAAAAAAGUAAUUCGUGCAAGUUUUAGAGUUGCCAUAGGUGAAUAUCAUUACCUUAAUUCUUCUUAAAAUUAACCCAGCAAGGAAGAGAUAAUUGCACCACGCCACAUACUCGGAACGAAUUACGUUGAGUUUUCAUCCAUCAUUUAUCUUUCGUUUAUUUCGUGAGAACGCAGUUGUUAACGGCACAAGCUUGAAGUACCUGUAGGACCUGUAGCUAAAUUUGCUGCAGCUACAGGUAUUUGUUUUGGCAGGCUUUUGAAAGCUUAAUUACGUGAUAUUUUUCAUCCGGGGAAUAUUGUAUAUGUGAAAGUGGACAGAACAAAGAUGCCGAUGCGUUUUUUCUGUUGUUUUAGCGUUGUGUCUCCUCGAAUUUGUACAAAUAGUGUCGAGAAUAAGUUGCUUGUAUUUGUUUUGAUUGUAAACUGGAUCAAACUUGAACCGGACGAGGUUUGCGUGCGUGGUGAAUUUCAGCUUAAAUAAAAUACCAGCUGCCGUUACUAUAUAUGAUUAUAACAAAACUAUUGUGAAAUAAAGUGUGGUUUUACAUGAAUAUUGCAGCGACACCUGAGCAGCCAGCUCUCUCAAAUAUUGAAAAAGAACAAAAUGUAAUUUUCUUUUCAAUAUUUAAACUCCUGUGUGGUCUUUCCCAGGAAUAUUUUCAAGUAUAAUUGCGUGGAAUUAUUUUAGCGGGAAGAGAGAGACUAUUUCUUAAUUACUGUGUAACGGUCGCUCUUGAUAAAAAGAAAUGUAAAUUUAUUAAAGGCAGCCGUUUUCUGUCAGUUUUUUCCCGAGGUUUCACGCUGGGAGAAAAAAAGCAAAUAAAAAGGUAGCUUGAAAAGAAACUACGAACAAAAGGGCAUCUAAUACUCGAUUAUCUUUGUAUUGUGGAGCAGCUGCACAAAGAAAAUAAGAUAGGAACACAGUAAAUUCGGAUUAUAGUAAUUGAACCGACGUUGAAAGUUGUCCGUAAUGUGAAAAAUAUUUGUAUUGUUUUUUCUAUAGCGAACGUUUUUUUUUCUUCCAGUCUAACAGGAAAUUUUCUAUUAUUUGCUUUUGUCUGUGCUUUAUUGUUAACAAGACUGCUGGACACAAUGUUUAUUUAGUUUUCUUUUGAGAAUGAACGUUUAGGAUGAAGUUCAUUAUCAUUUUUGACAAUUUUUCACCCUUGCCUCAUCAUUGGUUCAUUGGCGACUACUAUUGACAAUUUUUUGGCUGCCUGCGAAGUUCAAAUAAAAAUAUGACAAGCGGCUAUAAAUACCUCCUUAAUCGCGCUAGAAUAUAUUUUCUGUCUUCAAGCUCUUUUACCUUUUACGAAGUUUAAGUACCUCUUUCGGGUCAACAUUUUUCUCCGCGGAGGAAACUAUUACAUGAGAAAUUAAUAUCAAAUUUCGGCUAUUUGCUUUGGUUGUUUGCCUACAGGUAAACUGGCCUAUAGCAUUUCAUUCUAUGAGCUGGAGUCCAUGCGGAUUUUCGUUGUUUAAUUUAGACAGUAUUCAAAUUAAGUCUCGCUGGGUCUCUCGACGAAAGCGUGUAUCCUGUACGAUCACUUUCAAUGUUAUGAAGUACCUGGCUGUGUUUAGAGCAACGCGUUGAAAGGAAAAUCGACAUUGAAUUUGUAAUGUUUCUUGUGAUAACCGAGUGUUCGUGUCGACGGUCGAGAGACAUGUAAACACAAGCUCUAAGUUUAGAAGUCAUGGCGUUGUUCAUUCCAAUUUCUCGACGCGCAAAUGUUGGAAAUCACAGUGACCUGUACCGUUAUCAUUUAGUUCCUCACAGUAGCGAAUUUCCUGAGAGGUAUUUCCUCUUCGUUCUCUAUACGGUGAUUUAGUACACGGCGCUAGCUCCUGUGAAGUCAAUAGUGGGUUCACAAGUGGAACGAGCUAUAAAAGGUGGACAGCUGUGAACAUUUCAAGGUUGUUACGGCGAAGUUACCUUCCUGGAGAGAUAACAUUACAAAUAUUAGUUACUCCUUGACGAUUUUUGCUUAGCGACGCGUCGACAGAGUGCCCGCUUGCCGUAUUGUUUGGGAUCUGUAGGCUCUUAGACAAGAGAAGUCCGCAUAAAAGAACACAUGUAGCUACUGAAUGAGUCGCCGUUCUUUCGAGUAAUCGCCAUGGCUUUAGGAUGAAACGCCAUGCUUUCGUCAAGAAGAACAAAGUUCCUUCGCCUAAACUCGAACGGGGAUAUGUGUUCGGCGUUAACAGUUGGGCCUAUUACCGCCAAGGUGUGGCGCUGCAGUGCCUGGGUCGACAUGCGGAUGCCCUGGGAGCCUUCGCCUCUGCGCUUGCGCAGGAUGACAAAAGCCCUCAACUGCUGACCUCGCUGACUGAGGCCGCGAUGAAGUCCCCACUCAGAGCUACCUUGGAGCCAAUCUACAGCCAACUGAACAAGAUGAAACUCGACAAGAGUCCUUUUGUCAUGAUCUCAGUUAUCGGCCAGGAGUUGCUGUCAGUUGGACAUUUAUCAGCGGCUGUAGAUUGUCUUGAAGCAGCUUUAAAGGUUGGGACCUGCGGCUUACGUCUCCGCGGCUCAGUCAUAUCCGCGCUAAGCACGGCGUACUGGAAACUAGGAAAUGUCAAGAAGGCCAUGGAGUACAUGACACAAGAUCUAGAAACUGCACAGUCUUUGAACGAUAAAGCGGGCGAGUGCAGAGCGCAUGGCAAUCUAGCUGGAGCUUAUUAUUCACAGCGGAUGUACAAAGAAGCCAUUGAUCAUCAGAAGAACCAACUGGGUAUCGCUAUGAAGCUAAAGGAUCGGAAAACUGCCGCCAGCGCGUUGAGCUCUCUCGGACACACUUAUGUCUCAAUAACGGAUUAUACAAACGCUAUCUCGAGUCAUAAGCAGUCUAUGCAGAUUUACAAAGAGUUGAAGGAUAAGCAAGGUGAAGCCAGAGAACUUGGCAAUAUCGGAGCUGUGCAUGUCUUGUUAUCAGAUUACGACAACGCCAUCAAAUACCAUCAAGAACACUUGAAAAUCGCCAUUGAGCUUGGAGACAAAGCUGAGGAAGGCCGAGCGUACAGCAAUUUGGGAAGUGCAUUUCAUUACAAGAGAGACUUUGAUAAAGCGAUUCAGUUUCACAGACAGGUGCUGGAAGUGGCAAAGAAGACCAAAGAUUCUUUCAUGGAAGCGCGCGCUUAUGCCGGUCUUGGACAUGCGCUGAGGUGUAAAGGUGACGUAGACCAGGCCAAAUCUUUCCACGAGUUUCAACUGGCACUGUCAAUCAAACUCAAAGAUCGUGCGACCGAGGGGCGUGCUCUCUCCAACUUAGGAAUUAUUUUUCAGCAGAAAGGACUCUACGGACAGGCUCUGAAACUGCACAAAAGACACUUGGCCAUUUGUAAGGAGUUGGACGACCGAGCGGGACAGGGUCGAGCCUAUGGCAACAUGGGCUGCGCUUACAGCGCAUGUGCACGGUAUGACCAGGCUAUUAAAUUUCACAAGCAGGAACUCAUGAUUUCCAAAGAGGUGAACGAUCGGCCCUCAGAGGCCUGUACACAUGGCAACUUAGCUGUGGCUUAUCAAGCUAUUGGAAGCCUUGACAAAUCACUCAAACAUUAUCAACAACACUUAGCAAUUUCACAGGAACUCGGUGAUCAGUCAAAUGAAGCUAUCGCGCUGAGUAAUCUGGGCAAUUUUUACAGCUCGUGUGGGAACUUCUCCAAAGCCAUUCCCUAUUAUGAAAACUUUUUAUCCCUUGCAAGACAUUUGCGUGAUCGGGCGGGAGAGUGCAAAGCUUGCCACAAUCUCGGUUUCGCUCAUUACUCGUUGGGGAAUCACUUGGAUGCGGUGCCGUAUUAUGAGAGGAACGUUGAGAUUGCAAAAGAUUUGGAGGACAGAGCGAGUCUCGGUCGCGCCUUCUGUAAUCUUGGACUGGCCUACAGUGCUCUCAGUAAACAGGAUAAAGCUCUUGAGUGCCAGAAGGAAUUCUUGACUGUGUCACAAGAAGCAAUGGAUGUUCAAGGCGAAUUCAAAGCUUGUGGCAACAUCGGUGAUAUUUACGUAUCGUUAGGAAAUACCAAUCAGGGAAUCCGGUUUUUCCAGGAGCAACUUCAAGUCGCCAAGAAAGUGCAAGACAUUACCCUGGAGAGCGAGGCACAUAGAGCGUUAGGAAGCGCUUUCAGAACUGCAGGCGAUUUUGAAAGAGCUAUGUCCUGCUUCCAAGAAGAGUUAGGACUGAGAAGAGCUGCUCACGACUCUGUCGGUACUUGUAAGGCGUUGAGUAAUCUCGGCUCGGUUCACACGGGCUUACGUCAGUACAACGAUGCGUUCAAAUGCUAUUCUGAGCAGCUUGGUCUCGCUAAUGAACUAGAUGACUGCAUUCUCCAAGCGGAAGCCUGCGGCAAUCUGGGCAUUACAAAAAUGAACGCUGAAGAUUAUCAAGAAGCACUUGGAUUCUUUGAGCAGCAGAUUGCCACGUUAGAACAAGUGGCUGGCGCCGUGCUGGAAAGCGGUCGUGCGUACGGGAAUUUGGGCGAGUGUUAUCACAUGUUAGGUGAUCACGAGGAGGCUGUGAAAUACUACGAGAAAUAUCUCGCUGCUGGGCAACAACUGGAGAGCGCCACUGACCAGGACAAGGCGUAUCGUGGGCUUGGAAACACGCACAGGACCAUGGGAAAUCUCCAACAAGCUCUGGUCUGUUUCGAGAAAAGGCUUGUCGUGGCUCACGAGUUGACUGAUUUCCGCUCCAAAGGAACAGCUUAUUGCGAGCUGGGAAACAUGCACAAGAUUCUCGGCAACUACGAACAAGCGCUUGCUUGUUUCCAGCAGCAGCUGUCCUUGGCAAGGGAGAAUAAUGAUGCAGUCAAUGAAGGUGACGCUCUUUGUGGACUGGGACUGGUUAAUCAGAAGAUGGGGGAGUACGAGAAGGCGUUGAAACUCCACGAGGAUGAAAUGGCUGUCGCCGACAAACAGAAAAAUCUUGGGCGUCGUGGGCGCGCUUCCUUCCAUCUCGGCAUGACGCAUGAAGUUCUCGGAAACUACGAACAAGCUGUGAUCUACCAAGAACAGCACCUCAACAUUGCCUCGCAGAUGAACGAUCAAGCUGCUAAAGCCCAAGCGUACAGUUCCUUGGGAAGAACACAUCACGCUUUGGCCAACUAUCUCCAGGCCAUCUCUUAUCUCAAGCAAGGACUUGCCAUUGUAGAAGCUCUCGGUAGGAGCGAGGACGAAGCGCGAAUACGUCAUCGGCUAGGCUUGUCGCACUUGGCUGAUAAUCAGCUGGAAGCAUCGCAGGCUCAUCUUUUCCGUGCAGCAGAAUUGUUGGAGAAGUUGCGUGAAGACGGAAUUCAUAGUGGCGACUACAAGCUCUCUUUGUAUGAGCUCCAGGCUGCGACCUACCAAGUAUUACAGCGUGUUUUAGUCACUAUGGGUAACCAUAAGGAAGCGUUAGCAGUCGCCGAGCGGAGCCGGACCCGAGACUUUAUCGAUUUGCUCCAAGAACGACAAGGAAGUAAUCGAUCAGAGAACGGUAUUUCGAAGUACUUGGAGAAUCCCUUGACAACACCUGAACAAAUCACAGACUUAGUGAAGAGCCAGAAAGCUAGUAUCUUGUACUAUUCUAUUGCUGCAGGACACUUGUACAGCUGGCUUAUUACUCCGACCAAAGGCAUUGUAAAGUUUCAUGACUCCCUGCUGUCUGACGGCGACCAUGACAAUGAAAUGACAGUUGAUUUGGAUCAGAGUAGCAGUGCUACUUACUCUCACACUUCCUCUCUGCUAGACUCGUACAUCACUCAAGUACGAGACGCGCUUGGCGUUGAACCUCAUUUAAACUUGAACCGUACAACUAGCAUGUCUGAGAGUGAAGUUGAAGACGCCUGGGAACGAGAGAGUUUACUCAGUGCGAGCCCACUGUCGUACAUGUCAGCAGACGACGAUGAUACUAUAAGCGUGUCGUCAUUGUCGCUUGGUCACAGUUUCCGCUCGACUACGAGGAAUAACUUUUUGUCAAAGAAAAACGUUCGAAAGUUGAACGGUGUGCGAACUAGUAGCAAGAAACUUGGCUGGUCUGGCAAGCCACCACUUCGAGCUUUGUACGAGCUGUUAAUUGCUCCUAUGGAAGACGCUUUACCGGCUUCUUCAUCGUUCGACGGCGACGAUUCGGAGCUUGCGUUAGUUCUCCAAGGAGACUUGUACCUGGUGCCUUUCCCUGUCUUGAAGGGAAGCCUUUCUAAAGAGUAUCUCUUCCGAAGGUUUAGACUAAUUGUUGUUCCUUCACUGCAAUCGCUCGCUACCAACAUUAGAACACUGGCAACGAGGAGGACUGGUUUGGAUACGUCGUCGGUCAUGGUGAUCGGAAACCCGAAGGUCCCGACGACGUUUGGCCAAUGGGAGUCAAACCCGAGCGCAGAACACGAAGCUAAGAUCGUGGCUGAGCUGUUCAACACCAGACCACUACUUGGCAGUUUUGCGACUAAGAGCGAAGUUGUCCGAAAUUUACCGAAGGCGGAAUGCGUUCAUUUUGCUACGCAUGUCUCGUGGAAACUUUCGUCUCUUAUUCUUGCACCUCAGAAUUCCGACGAGAAGCUUGUGACGCCCGCAGGAUCACCCGAAAGAGCGAGUCUGGACUUCCUUGGUGACAUGAGCCCUGAUGAAGCACCAGCGCUGUCUGAAUUCCUUCUCACGGCAGCUGACAUUUUGGACCAGAAGUUGUCUGCUAAACUCGUAGUUAUUGGCGCUGCGCACAACCACUCGUCGCGCAAUCGGAUAACUUCGGAUGGUGUGAUCGGAUUAACGAGAUCGUUUCUGUCUGCCGGCACGCAGAGUUUAUUGGUAGCCCUGUGGCCCGUACCCGACUUAGCUUGCAAGUUACUACUGAAAGCGUUUUACGGCGGUCUUCUUCAAGGAAUGCUAGCCAGUCAAGCCCUUUGUCAGGCGAUGCAAGUUGUUCAGAGUACGAAGCAGUUUUCACAUCCAUCCAACUGGGCUGGCUUUAUUCUGGUGGGUGGAGACACUGCUCUGACGAACAAGGAAGCUCUGAUGAGCAGUGCCAUCUCCAAAUUGUUGGAUAAUCCUGUCAACUGUAGAGAUGCGCUCAAAGUUCUCGUUCAUCUGGUGGACAAGGCUCAGCAACGUAUUCGUCAAGGUCAGCGGUCAUCUAUGUACACAGCAGACGCGAGCAUUAACGCUAAAGUCAAAGGAGCCAGUGGAUGGCGGGACUUGCUCAAGCUUCUCGGCUUUCGGUUUCAAAAGGCUGCCAACGGACUUCCAGACUCGGUUUUCUUUCCGUCAGUUACCAGUGGAGUGACAGAGAAACUGGCUGCUGCAAGUGAUCAUCUGCAUGCUUUACUAGGUCUAAGUCCCACCACCCUGCAGGCGCUGGCCAAACUUGUGAAUGCGCACGCAGUGAACACAGCUUUAGUGGCUCUGUUUAGCCAAGUGUUGUCGUGCUUCACUCAGGGCAUGAACAAUGUCCAGGUGCCAUUAAAUCUCAAGUUAUGGCGGACAUCAGGCUGUCACGAGCUGCUUGCGUCUCUCGGCUUUGAUCUGAUCGGUGUCGGUAAAGAUGAAGUCAUGCUGCGAUCCGGCAAGACCAACAGUAGACGAGCUGUGCAGUGCACAGUACAAGCUUUGUGUGCUUUGACUGAUUCAGAGAACCCAGCUGAAAAGGAAGACCCAACAUUUAAACUGUCCAAGGUUCACUCAGCUUCAACUGUCAUCUCCAACCUGUCUCUCAAGUCAGCUUCAAUGGAGUCAGACCUUGAUGCCAUGACUUAUGACACAGAGGUUCCUUCUCGUGAUGUGAAGAGUAUAGGGGGCUCUAGUAUGAGGGCCAAGAACAGUAUCACCGCAAGGCCAGUGAAAUCUGAGGCCCAACCUUCGAGUGAGUUGUAUAAUUUAACGAGAGUUCAAGAAGCCGAAAGAAGAAGCUUACGAGCUCUUUCCAAAUCACAGCCUUUACUUGCAAGUAGAAAUCAUUCAAACACAACCAGCGCAUAUUCCAGUUUCAACGGACAUGUUCGCAGUUCUAAGACACAAUCUAAAACUUCAUCCGUCGUGGAUCACUCGAGGAAUUCUUCGCUACCCGAUCCAUCAGAUUCGGACAUCGAUAGCUACUCGGACAUUGUCGGGCAACGUUCAUGGAAAGACCCGGUUAGUCACCGGAGUGUGGAUCUCUCGGUGACCAGCUCAAAUUCUAGACAAGCCGUUCCAAAUGGUUAUCCGCGCUCAUGGGCGUCCAGUUCCAAUCCAGCGGGCAGUGUCAUUGCCUUCCCUGUUCAGCAACGUCGAGUCAUUGAAGAUGCAGCAAGGACUCCAAAGCAGAUUUCAACAAGUACACCGAAACAAAGCUACGAGCCUGUUAUGAACGGUACCAAUCAUUCUAAUAUCAAUGGAGACGGGUUACAGCGAGGGAGGUCCCUGAACGAGGAUGGCACUUCGCGAGGACGGCCUCAGAGAAGGAGCCGGAGUGAGAGCCAGGAUCCAGCCCUUCAAAAUGGCUCUCGGUCUGUUGGGUAUAACCGAUCAAAGUCCAUACCGAGGUUGAGGGAGAAUGGAUCUAGUGAUGAGGAGGACGCUGCGCAUGUCAGAGAAAGACGAAGGUUGAAAAGUAGUACAGACUUAAGAACUAAUCGUGUGAUUACUGCAGUAGGUAGAACUCACAAUGAUAGAUUAACUGAUCAAGCACAGUUGAGAGUUUCCAAUGUUGAUUUAUCUGCAAGUUCAUCUAGUAAUAGACCUGCACCAUUGAGAAAUGGUGAAUACAAAGUAAAUCACGCCGAUCAACUUGCAGCUGAAAUGGGAAGGAGAGAUUCGCUCCAAGGAAGGAGACCAUCCUUACCAAAGUUUCGUGACGAUUCACAGUCUUCUCAAGAUAGUACCGAUUAUGAGUCACGACAGACUGCGGCAGAGAGGGCAGCGGCUGCAUUAAUGAGUAAUCACGUGACGCACGUGCCGCCGGCGCAACCGCUGACCAGCAAGCGGACAACUCCGCAACCUUUGGAGAUGAAAGACAUGACUGUGGACACCAGGAGGCUGAGGCGAGAACAUCUGGCAAACUUGGCUCAUCUCCAGUCCUCCUCCUGCUAGGAUGGCCUGGAGUUAUCGCAUUUGGCUGAAGGCGAUCAGAGAGUAUUGUCGUGUGUUUUAAAAGAAUCUAUUUUCAUAAAUAUUCUGGACCACAUAGGUUCCAACAUUAGAAAAUCAAAUUGAAAUAAUAAUCAUAUUGGAAGACAGAUUUCAGUGUAGAAAACGAAUAAUUAUUUACUCGUUUGUGAAGUCCUCUGUAUCGAUCUAUUUUGGUAUUCGUGUUUCGAAAUAACUCGCCCAUCUGUAAAUAGAUUUCGUCUCGUAAGUUGGCGAGUAAAGGUAAAUAUGUGUGAGAAGCUACUUUAUGGUCGAUUUCGUACGAAAACAAAUAGCAGUAGUGAAAACUGAGACCAAGAUUUAUCAAGCAACGAAUGAAGCGUAUUAUCCUCUGCUUGUUUUCCGCCCCCCAACAUUCAAAAUUUUCUAAAUGUCCAGUUUUAUAUGCCGGUAAAAAUAUCCUUUACUUCAAUUCAUACGCGUACUUUUUGACAUAGUGGUCUUUAGAUGCAAUGGCGCCUUAGAGCUACUUUUUUGAGUUUGUUACAUUACCCAGCAUACACGCAGUCAGUACCUGUUUGUUCUCCUCUUGCACCUGGGGUAGAGCGGAAAGAAACAGCUUGGAUGUAAAGAUAGUCUGAACAGUAUAUUUGUUUGUAGGUAGGGACAAUGUGUUUCAUCUUUUAGUGAAAUACGCAGCGCGGAUAUAUCCAAAAAAUAUUGCUGCUCUCUCUGCAGCACUAUCGGUUUGUGAAUAUUUGAGUUGAAACUAAAAAGCAGCAAGCUUUCAUGUAAACAAAUUUUCAACAAAUAUUGUCGAAAAUCGAGUGUGAAAUCAGUGAAGGAAACCCUUGUCGCCUUUUAGUUUAGUUACUCUGUGUAUUUCAAUAGAAGAAUUCUGAAUAGCGUCUGAUAAAUAUUAUCCUUUGGCGUAUUGUCGGUCGCUCGCACUGUUAAGGCCUGGACACACUGUGCAACAUUACACAAAGCAAUAAUUUUUUCAGGUGUUUUACUGUGUGCGCGGGCCUUAACAUUGGAUUGAGCUCAAUUUUGUUAUUUUUUCGCUGUCUGUUGGAUAUUUCAAAAGGAGUCUAGGUACAGGGUCUUUCACUUGAAAAGUCAACUCGCGUUCUUAUUUUCUCCAGAGGCUUUGCACAAAUUAAAGCCUCAUUUAAAUCCGUUCCGUCCCGGCUUGUGUGGCAUAUUGUAGAGGUGUUAUUUAUAAAUUUUUGUAGUCUAAAUCGUGUACAUAAAUCUUUGUAAUUCCAGAUUUAUAAGAUAGGAGGUUUAUAAUAUAUAUUUAAUGGACAGACACAGUAAAGCGUUGUAUAUAUUACACCUCCUUGCAAAUAUUUUCUAUUGCAAUCAAUAAAGCUCGAGGUUUUCAGACA